AUGCCUCCUCUACCAUGCCAUCGCUACUUGAUCUACAAGAUAUUCUUAUCCAAGUAUAUCACAGUCAAGCUCAAAAGAAACAAGUUCAGCAAGAUGUGCAUCUUCUGGAAAACAAAAUUCCUCUGCGGCUGCAUCAUCGACGAGUUCUGGUACCCCUGCUCCACGCUCAGGCCCGACCCCGCCACCGAAAAGCUGCGAUUCCACACAAGAAACCACCCAAACUGCAAGAUGCGGAGCCUGCAAGAGUUGACCGAGUGUAUUCUCCUCUGCGAACUGUGUCUGGGGAAGCUACACGCGCGGGUCCGGAAAGACGCCGAUAUUCGGAAGACGCUCGCGAGCAAAGAUACGUUCCCGCUUGCGGAGCAGUUGGGCAUGCUCAUACUUCUUGAGAAUGAUGAGAUCGAGCAGUGGAAGGUCUUUGGGAAGUGGGGGCGCACGCGUAGCGAUUUCCGCUGGGAGGAGCUUGAGGAGAUGGUGACGGUUGUGGAGAAGAGGGUUGGAAGAAGGCGUGCGAAGUUGAGGAAUGGGCGGAAUGCGUGGAAGUAUGAGGCAUAUUAUACGCAGGAGGAGGCGAAGCGAGAAGCGGAUGCGGAGGCGGCUGAGGGUGAGGUUGAGAAGUCAUAG